UGUCGUAGAAAACGUAAUUUUGGGUUCUUUACUUUCACAAAGCAUAAAUCUUAUGGAAUUAUGGUCAAAAGAGUCACCUUUAUAUGCUCAUUUUUGCGUAUGCACAUGGGGAGAUCCCCUGCCUGUGUUCAGAGUCUGUGCUUAGAAACUGAAAUGGUGCCAACUUUGGGCUGAGUUUUUUUUCACACUUCUUUUGGCAUUCUUGAAUUUCUUCUCCUAAAAAGCCAAUCUUGAUAUAGUUUCUUGUGCACAGAGCCUGUGAUGAUAAUAAAUGAGAUGAAUUUUGAAAGGUUUAGCACUAGUAAAUUGCCUUCAUUGGUUAGACACAAGCGUUCCAAGAGCUCCCCAAAUGGCAGGGGACUUAAGGAGGACAAAUUGGAUCAUUCUACAGAAGAAGCUCUUCAACAGAAAUUGGAUAUGGGGUACUUGGGUAAUUGUGCCAACAGCAAGAAGGAACAACAAUCUAAUGCUGAAAUUCAAAAUUCUUUGAGGCAAGAGAUACUGCAUCUUGAAAAAAGAUUACAAGACCAAGUUUCCGUUCGCUGUGCUUUGGAAAAAGCAUUGGGUUACAGGGUAUCAUGCCAUGAUAUAACAAAUGAAAUCGCAAUGCCUAAGCCCGCAACAGAACUCAUUAAGGAAAUUGCAGUGCUAGAAGUGGAAGUUGGACAUUUGGAACAGUAUCUGCUUUCACUGUACAGGAAAGCAUUUGAUCAACAAAUGUCUUCCUUAUCUCCAACUAAGAAGAACGAUGCAUUGAAAUCACCCUUAGCAACUCCAAUGAGAAGGCGCUUUGAUUUUUCCAGAUCGGAUUUGACGUCUGCUAGGGAAAAAUUGGCACAUGCUCGUUCCAAUUCAUGGAAGGAAGGCAAUAGUCAAUACGAGGAGAAGCUCGUGGAUUCUGCUGUUCAACGCUCUCACUCUUCACUAUCUCAGCGUACAACAAUGUCAAACAGAACUUCUCCUCCUGCUGAUGCCUUGUGCAAAGCUGUGCGCGCAUGUCAUUCUCAACCAUUAUCUCUGAUGGAGUAUGCACAGAAUACCUCUUCAAAUGUGAUUACUCUGGCAGAUCAUCUUGGUACACGUAUUUCUGAUCACAUUUCAGGGACACCGAACAGGCUUUCUGAAGAUAUGAUCAAGUGCAUGUCCACUAUAUAUUGCAAGCUUGCCGAUCCAUCAUUGACAAAUCAAUGCCUCACAUCACCCACUUCAUCUUUGUCAUCUAUCAGUGCAUUUUCUCCAAAAGAUCAACGUGACUUGUGGAGUCCUGGAUUCAGAAAUGAUUCUUCUUUUGAUGUUCGGCUGGAUAAUCCUUUUCAUGUGGAAGGACUGAAAGAUUUUAGUGGACCUUACAGCACAAUGGUUGAAGUACAAUGCAUAUACAGAGAUAGUCAGAAAUUGGGUGAUGUUGAACCCUUGUUACAGAACUUUAGAUCACUUAUUUCUCGUUUGGAAGUCAUAGACCCUAGAAAGAUGUCACAUGAGGAGAAGUUAGCAUUCUGGAUCAAUGUUCACAAUGCUUUGGUGAUGCACGCAUUUUUGGCUUAUGGCAUCCCACAAAACAAUAUGAAGCGAAUGUUACUACUCUUGAAGGCUGCCUAUAAUGUUGGAGGUCAAAUUGUAAGUGCAGAUGUUAUACAUAAUUCUAUUUUGGGAUGCCGAAUGUCUCGCCCUGGACAGUGGCUUUGGUCACUACUUUCUUCAAGAACAAAAUUCAAGGCUGGUGAUGAACGACAAGCAUAUGCAAUUGAACGUCCCGAACCCCUUCUGCACUUUGCACUUUCAUCUGGGAGCCACUCAGACCCUGCGGUUCGCGUUUACACGCCUGAUAGGGUAUUCCAAGAUCUAGAUGCAGCAAAAGAAGAUUACAUUCGAGCUACUUUUGGUGUACGGAAGGACAAGAAAAUCCUUUUACCAAAAAUAGUUGAGUCAUUCACGAAAGAUUCAGGUUUAUGUCAAGCUGGCGUGAUGGAGAUGAUCCAACAUUCAUUACCUGAGUCCCUAAGAAAAAGCAUUAAAAAACGUCAGCUGGGGAAGUCUCGCAAAUAUAUCGAAUGGAUUCCCCAUAAUUUUGGUUUCAGGUAUCUCAUAAUGAAAGAGCUGGUAAAGUGAAUUUUAUAUGGGUUCAUUGCAUGUUGUUAAGCUCAUUUGACUGGAUUUUUCCCUUAAAAAUGAAUUUAAUUUCGGUGUAAUGAUUUCUAGUUUCUUGCUCUUUUGUGUAAAGGAAUAGAAUUUGAGGAUAUGAUUUGAUGUUAGUUGGUUUUUGUACUUGCUAUAGGAUGUCUUGGAAAACAGGUUGGAUAUUGUAUAUAAGUCUCGUGCAUAUUUUCAUUUUAA